AUGACAUCCCUCCACAAAAUGCUUCUCCUGCCAGCAGCCCUCCUCGCUCUGGUAUCUGAAGUGGCGGCAGACCAACCGCUGGCCACGGCGAUUAAGAAGCAGCUGCCGAAUCCGAACGAAAAGCUGUUUCCUGAGCACCUUGCCUUCGAACCACUCCCACAAGCGCCCGCCUUCGAGGCCGCGAACCUAUGGCUCGACGACUACGACGAUGAAGAUGCCUCCAGCAACUCCACGAAGCGCUACCGCCCAGCAUUCUCGAAUCACUUCCAUGACUCAGAAGAGAAUCUGCUGCGACGUGCCGCAGACGUGCUGGCAAUUCUGCAGAACCGAGCAGCGUGCCCUUCAGGGACGGAGAGCUGUUCAAACAUUGACGCACCUAACAAGUGCUGUCCAGAUGGAACAUACUGCACCAAUGUGUCGGGUUCAGAUGCUGGACAGGUUGCCUGCUGUCCUAACGGAGUCACAUGCGGAGGAGGAGUCGGCAAUUGUCCUGGGGAUGCCGUGAGCUGCGCAGCUGAUCUCGGGGGUGGCUGCUGUAUUCCCGGAUAUGUCUGUCAGGGAAUUGGAUGCGUUCCAAGUGCUUCGGCCACCGGUAUUCCGACGUCGACCUCACCGCCGCCUCAAAGCACCACCCAGACGCAUACAAGUGUCUCUUCAGACUCAGGGACUGGGACUGCAACUGGAGCAGCGCCAUGGAGACCCACGGACGCCACUUCCACCUCCACCUCCUCUUCCUCGUCCACCACCUCAGCUUCCCGCUUGACUACAACUCAGACGGACGAGACUCAGACCGGCUGUCCAACUGGCUUCUAUGGCUGCCUCGCCACUCACGGAGGCGGUUGCUGCCGCACCGAACGCGAUUGCCAGACGCUCUCCUGCCCGGCGCCGUCUUCAACCAUCAUCUCCCACGGCGUCACCGUCGUUGUCCCGGCAAACGACGUGCCCACCACCACUGCAUCAAACGAGUGUGCGAGCGGCUGGUUCCUCUGCGGAAAAGACGCAGGAUCGGUGGCUGGAUGCUGUCCCAGUGGAUACAAGUGCGGCACUGCGAGCUGCUUUACUUCUUCUGCCUCACAGACCAAUUCUCUGCAGAAACAGCAACCGGAGCCCGAGGCUCCAAACAAGAACGCAGCUACCGGAUCCAUUCCUCGUAGCAACUGGCUGGCUCUGAGCGGCAUUGCAGGAAGCCUCGUUCUUAUCUUGGGUAUAUUGUAA